AUGCCAUACGGCCGCCCCCCGCCCGUCCUCCUCACCUCGACUCUCGUCCCCAUCUCCCUCCUUCUCAUCCUCAACCCCCUCCUUCCCCUCGUCCGCUCCCACCUCCCCCCAACCGUUGCCGGGGUCUUGCCAAAGUCCCUGCUUGCGGAUGGCCCGCCGACUUUACCAGCCCUCCAGGCGAGUAUUGGGUUCGCGAUACUAGCCUUUGUGGGAGGGGUAUGGGUAGUGCCAAGAGUGGGAGAAGCCUUCGUCGACAAGGGUCUGCGGGGCAGAGAUCUUUUGAAGCCUGGGGGUAGAGAGAGCGGGCCUUGGAUACCAGAGAGCUUGGGUCUCCCGUGUGCAAGCUUGUAUAUCGCUCUGAUGAUGCUGUUCAUCCCUUUCCCGUUCUCCCAUCUAUUCCAAGGAGGCACCCUGGAAGUGUUCCCUCAGCGCGAACUGACGUUAUACCUCUCGUCUCUCCUCUCACUUCUGACGGCGACCCUCCUAGGCUUCAUCGACGACCUGUUUGAUAUCAGAUGGCGUCACAAGCUGCCUAUCCCCAUCGUUGCCGCUGUCCCAACGCUCCUGGUAUACUAUUCUGUAGGAGGCGUGACGAAUGUCGUACUUCCCAUGAGUGUUGCUGGAUGGGUCAAGAGUGUAGGAGAACUGGUCGGGCUGGGCCCCAUAUACUACAUCUACCUCGUCCUCCUGCCCACAUUCACCACCAACUCGAUCAACAUUCUCGCCGGCAUCAACGGCGUCGAAGUCCUCCAAGCCUUCGUCAUCGCCCUCUCCGUCAUCCUGAACGACCUUUUAUACCUGCCCAUCUGGUCCCCUACCCUCCUCACCUGGUUGGAUGUCACUGGGAAAGGUGUUUCAGAGGGACGUCUUCUCGAAUGGGCGUUGGGAGAAGUGGUGGAUCGGCAUUUGAUGAGUCUGUAUUUCAUGGGUCCCAUGGCCGGGAUCUGUGCUGGGUUCUUGUGGCAUAACUGGUAUCCCGCCGCUGCAUUCCCCGGAGACACAUUUUGCUACUUUACAGGCAUGGCAUUCUCCGCCGUCGCCAUUCAGGGACACUUUUCCAAGACCCUCAUCCUCUUCUUCAUCCCUCAAAUAUUCAACUUUAUCUUGUCUUGUCCGCAGUUGUUCGGGCUGGUGCCUUGUCCCAGGCAUAGACUUCCUUCGUUUGACAAUGAUACCGACCUACUCCAUCCCUCACGCGAGACAUUCGACCAGCCCCCUCCCGCCAAGACAGCCAUCACCCUCCGCAUCCUCGAGGCGUUGCACCUCGUUCAUCUCGAGUAUACCCCUCCAUCACCCGACAAGCCACAAUAUAUCAAAUCCACCUCCAACCUCACCCUCAUCAACUUUUUGCUCGUGCUCUUUGGGCCCAUGAGGGAGCCGACGCUGUGUACCUUGGUCGGGGGGGUGCAAGUGCUGGGUAGUGCCAUCGCAUUUGGGAUCAGGUAUGGGGUUGGGAGUUGGUUUUAUGGAGGCGAGAGACGGUGA